AUGGUAAGCAAAUGUCCCAUGCUGGUCCUCCGCAUUUCUGUGGAUGACACGCAUUCCAUGUUCUCCAUGAGCACCAAGUUCGGGGCGAAGCUGGAGACAUGCCCGGCACUCCUGAAACGUGCGCAGGAGCUGGGCCUGGACGUCAUCGGGGUCAGCUUCCACGUGGGCAGCUACUGUAUGGAUCCUGUGUCCUACACAAAGGCCAUCAAAAAUGCCAAAGACAUCUUUGACCUGGCGGCAACGAUUGGCUACAAAAUGACCUUCAUGGACCUUGGUGGAGGAUACCCUGGGUUUGACAUUCCCAAUGUUGUUCACUUUAAACAGGUAAUCAUUUUUCCACUCUCUCAGAAAGCACACAGCAGGUGUGCAGGGGAGCCUCAGGUCUCGUCUCAUAAGAGGCUGAUGUGGAUGUGA